CUUCGCACGCUGCGCUGUCGACAAAUGUCAGCUAGAGCGUCAAGGCUCCGGCUUGAGGAAGAGCUCAGGAAUAUCUCGGAGCAGGAGGAAAGGCUUGAUGGGGAAGUGAACCAGCUCCUACAGGCGAAGGCCGCGGCCACGGUCCCGGGCGCACCCGAAGAAGUUUCUCAAGCGGUGGCACUGUCGAACGGUCACCAUCCUCCGAAAGCUGGCGCAGCAGCCGCAGCAGCAGCGCCGACGGAGGUGGGGGGGGGUGCAGACGCCAAGACUCCUCAAGAUGUAGAUAACGGAAUGGUUGUUGUUGUUGCCGCGGGUGGGGCGGCGUCGGGCGGGGAGGGGGGCCUGGCGCAGUGUCUAGAGGAGCUCUCCGGGAGCGUUCCCGACUUUCCGGGCUUGGAGGAGAAGGCCAGCGCUUUGCUGGCGCAAAUUGAGGAUGGACACGGGAUGGCGGAGCGCGUGAGCCGAUCUGUGAGGCGGCUGGACGACAUCCAGAUGCGGGUACAGCGCGCCUUGGCGCUUGUGGAAGACGUCAUCAACCUAAGGGGAUGCGCCGAGGGAGUGCGCGCGGCCGUCCAAGCCGGCGACCUUGCGGAAGCGGCCACGUACGUCCGCAGGUUCCGGGAGAUCGAUGCGGGGGCGCUGGCUGACAGCGGCGAGAUGGUGGACAUGGACGAGGCCGUCCGGGGGCUGUCGUCGGCGGUGCUGGAACGGUUCGAGACUGCCGUGCUGGACAUGGACGAGCCGGGGAUAGCCGCGGCCUGUCCCCUGCUGGCCCCGCUUGGCCUGGCCACGCGAGGCCAGGAGCUGUACCUGGGCUUCGCGCGGCGAGCUCUGGAGGCGGAGCUGGAGGCAGGGGCCGGCGACGGGUCGUUGCCCGCCACGCAAAGCCUUCCUGCGAUCUACAACACCUCGGCGGCGUUUUUGCGGAGGCAAGUACCGGUGGCGGCGGCGGGCCUGGCGCCGUGCCUCGGGGACGUCGCCCUGGUGCGCGUCGUGACCAGGGAAUGCGGGGAUCGAGCGGCGACCGUUCUCGAGAAGCAUCUCCGGGAGCACUCGGUGGCGUCGUGGGCGGCGGACGGGGUGGAAGGCGCUGCGGCCGCCGCCGCCGCGGAGGUGCUGGGAAAGGCAGAUGCUCUGCUGGAGGAGCUGGCGGUGCUGACCCAGCACACAGAGAGUUACGACCGCUUUGUCAAGUUUUUAGUGAUGGAGGUGGAAGGCGCCCACCCUUCGCAGGAAGAAUUCGAGGCCACCAGAGCGCCGACCAAUGGGGAAGAUGGCGAGAGCAAGACAGGUGGCGGCGGCGGGGCGGCGGCGGAACGACCAUCGGUCCUGCCGGCUCCCAUCUUGGAGCCCGUCAUGCCAGCGAGGACGCGGCUCCAGGAGGCGGGGGCGGAGGUGGCGGUGUACUACUCACAGAUCGAGGGGCAGCUCUUGGAGGCAUCGGUGUCGAAGGCGAUCGCGGUGGACGAGGUGGCCCCCGGCGCGGCGGCUUCCUCCUGUGCCGAGGACGCGUUCUUCGUGGCACAGCGCUGCGCCAAGCGCGCCCUGGCGACGGGGCACGCCGGGGCUGCCUCGGCGGUGGUGAACCACGUCGGAAACACGCUCGGCGUCGACCUGCUGGAGGCGCUCGUCCGAAAGGACCAGCUGCAGAUGGACAACUGGGAAGGCAUGGGAGCGGGGCUUGCGAGCGACCUCACCUCGUCCGCAACGGCAGCAAUCAGCAACAUCCGGAGAACCGGCGCGGGUGCCGUCCCCGGCGUUUCCGGAGGCAUUUCCGCCGGCGGGGGGGGGCUCGGAAGCACUCCCGGGGGUGCGGGUAAGAGCGGUGGGGGGGGCGGGAGGCCCGACGCAUCGUCCGCCAUGAUGGGCGGGGGGGUGAGCGGCGGUGCCGGCGGCGCCGGCGGGGGAAUCGGUGGAAACAUGAAUAGCAACGAGUGCCUGGUGUACGUCAACACCCUGGAGGCCUGCUCGACCUUCGCGGUGCGGCUCAGGGAGAUGCUGGAGCGGGACGCAUCCGCGGCGUUCGGCGGGGGCGCCGGGGGCGGGGGCGGCGGCGCCGGCCACGACGCGGAGAGGGUCAUGUCGUGCCUGCAGGGGCUGGGGUCAACGAGGGCGCUCUUCACGAGAGCCGCCAGCGACUGUCUGGAAGAGGUACUGAAUCGCCUGAGGCAGGUUCUCCGAACGGUCGUUUCCUCCCACCUCGGAGAGAAGUCGGCCGUGUCCUACCAGCUGAGCGAGAACCAGUACGCCGCCAACGAGGCCGAGGACCCCUACGCGCACGCCCUUGUGGAGUACCUCCGACUUCUGCUGGAGCCUUACCGUCCGCCUGGCGGGCUGUCGGAGUCCCUCUUCCUCGAGCUCCUCACCCUUGUGGCCGGGUACCUCGCCAAGCGCAUGGAGAUCGCACUCAAGAAGCGCCUAUUCACGCAGCUCGGUGGACUGCAGUUGGACAAGGACCUCCGAUGCGUGAUGGGCUUCUUCACCCAACAGGCCGGGCGAGGGGCCCGAGAACCGUUCUCCAGACUGGCUCAGGCGAGUCAAGGGAUGUCAUUGCUGUUGAACCUGGAGCGCCCUCAAGACGCGAUGGACUACUGGGAGCCGGGGUCUCCGCUUCAGGCGCAGCUUACGGCAAAUGAGGUGGUGAGCGUGCUCCAACAACGGGAGGACUUCGCCCGCGAGGAUCUUGCCUCUCUAGUUUUGCCAGAGUCCUACAAAGGAUAACGUCUGUUCUGUUGGUGCUCGCGGAGCUCUCCAUUUUAAGCGCCGCUGCUCAGGUCUUUGGAUACGUGGUAUGAAUAGCUAUGACACGUGUGUACAAGCACGAUUUACUCCAUAUCAUGGUGGGAUUGGUGGUAAGUCGUUGGUGGAUACCUGUGCGUGCGCUCGCGGGGUGCGCUGCUAGUCCUCAAAGGUAGGCAUCGCGGGCUCUACUCUCCGUGAAUAUGUGGCAGCGCAUUUUUUGUGAAAUGAAGGAAUUGAAGGCGGAAUGCAAGUCCUGUGCCUACCCGACUUGUGUUGCGGAAAUAUGACGGACGGAUUUCAAACUGCGAGCAAGAAAAUUGCCUUGUCGCGCUUGAGUUGCCACCGUGUUGAACGUUCGUAGUGCAUGCAACUGGAAUGCUCGUGCAGGCGUUGGUAUUGGGCAGUGCGCCAAUUUGC